UUCUCAUUUAACUUUUAAGAAAAAAAAAAGAAAAACGAAAAAACUAGAGAUUCCCCUCCAUCCCUCCUUUCUCCCAAAUCAGUCUCUUUGCUGUGUACAAAUCCCUAUAUUCUCUCUUCCUUUAAUAUGGAUUUUCACCCUUAAUACCUUAAACAUCAGAAAAAAAAAAAAUCUUUUUCUUCUUUCUUUCGAUUUUCCGGGGUUUCUUUAAUCUGGGUAUUUCUGAAAAUGGGGAAAAACCAAACCUACAAGGCUAUGCAAAGAGCCAGGCUUGGCUCUAACUCUGCUGGCCCUGAAGAGAUCGAUGAUGGCAUGGUGGAUGGUUCUUUUCAUUCACCAGAGUGGCAUGCUGCUCGGUUGGCCAGCCUUAAAACUUCUCACACGGUUACCUGGGAAGAGUUUAAAAAGAAACAAAAGGAAGAUGCAUUGAGAAAGGGGGAAUUAGAAGCAGAUACAGAUCGAAUGAUGAGAGAGUAUAGAGCUCAGCUAGAUGCUGAAAGGGCUCACAAGCUUGUACGUGGUAGAAACCACUCCAGUAGUAAAUCUAGCCAUAAAAAGGAUCGAAAAGACAAAGAUGCAAAGAAGCGCAGCAGCAAAAAGAGAAAGGCAAUAAUAAAGGAAUGACAUUUGAUUUAUGAGAAAGCCACUCAAGGUUGGGAGGAAUAAGUUGUUGAGUUCGUAUUGUAAGUGUUUGAGGCAAGAUUAGGAACAGACAGCCUUGGAGUGUAUGAUGGAUCCUCUAAGCAAGGAAGGUGGCAGCAUUUCUAGGUGAAAAUUUAGUGAAGAACAAAUAUUACUGUCAUUAGGCUAAGUUGAAGGAAUUUGUGAAUAAUCUUCUUUUGAUUUCUGUUUAUUAGGCUUAUUGUGUUUUGAGUUAGGCUGGGAAAGGCUAGGAAAAGUUUGGACAUAUUUUGAAGUCAGAGUGGAGUGAUGGACUGGUGGCUGGCAUGGUUUACCUGGACACUGUCUUUGAGGGUGCAUAUGGGAGGAGAGGAUAAAAUGAAUAGUUGAUUGAAUCUUUUAUCCGGUAUGCUAAGAACAUUGUUUGUGUGAUUCUGUUUGGUGAACCUUUCUGGUUUUGCUUGGACUUUUUUGAUGUCUCAUAAAUCAGAUAUAGCUGAAAUUUAUGGACCCAUAAUAGGAUAGAAGCAUAGUCUGAAACAGAACCAAAUUGUGUUAUCCCUUAUAUUAUUAUUGUUAUUAUGAAAAUGUAAACCGAAGCAUACUUGUUAAACCUUGACUU